AUGGAAGAGACCAACUACUCUCGAAGUGCUUUAAACAGGCUCGACAAUAGUCCAAAGACGAAAGCGAUACUGACAGCACACACGACUACGGACGAUGAGAAAGUAUCCCGGAGCAUGGAAGUAGAGCCUGCGGAGGAGCUACCGACCUCAGGCCGCAAGCAUACGACAUAUCUUGACAAAUUAAGACUUAUCCGCACUGCAGACUUGCGCAAGCCAAACGGACUGCUGGGUAUGGUUACUCGACCCCUUAUUUUCCUGACCUUCCCGGUCAUUGCCUACGCUGGCUUUAGCUACGGCUCGAAUCUUGUUUGGUUUAACGUUCUUAACGGAACAGCCUCCUUGAUCCUCAGCGGCGAGCCGUACAACUUCCCUGCUUGGGCUGUUGGACUGUCAUAUGUCUCGCCACUAGUUGGAGUCGCCAUUGGCUCACUAUAUACUGGACUGUUCGGUGAUUGGUGCGUCCUCAAGCUAGCAAGACGAAACAAUGGCGUGCUCGAGGCUGAACAUCGAUUGUGGUUGUUCUUGCCAUCGCUGCUACUCAUCCCAGGCGGUCUAAUCUUGUGGGGUGUAGGUGCCGCGCAGGCGAUCAACUGGUUCGGCUGCGUUUUUGCGAUGGGUGUUAUUGCCGCCACGAACACGAUCGGACUCCAGCUCUCGGUCUCAUAUUGUAUCGAUAGCUACAGGGAUUUGUCCGGCGAAGCUAUGGUCACCGUGAUAUUAGUGCGCAACACUAUGAGCUUUGCUGUAGGCUAUGGUCUGACUCCGUGGGUCACGAAUAUGGGUCUGCAGAAUGCCUUCAUCGUGGCGGCCUUUGCUGGUCUCUUGCAGUGCACCACAUUCUUCUUCUUCGUCAAAUUCGGAAAAGGACUCAGGAUCAAGAGCGUUCCGCGAUAUGCGUAUUACGCGGAGCAGAUAGCGAGCAGCGGCCUUGUGCACUGA